CGCUUUUCCAGCGCAUGUGCAUCUUGACUAUUGUGAAAAUCGGCCUUUCCGUUUCGAGAGCUCGAGCUUUCCGUUAAAAUUUAUGUUAACAACAAUCUUACGGUAAUUUGUUAAUAAGCACAAAGCAAUUUUGAAAAGCGACAACAGACGUUUUCAUAAAAGCAUCAAAAGAAUUUUGAAAAAAACAGAAAAGGGAAAAAAUCGAGAAGGGUUUAGAUUUUCGAUAAAGCGAUUCAACUUCAAGAAGAGCCAAAGGAGCGUUACUUUGAUUUUUUUGUACGGAAUUAUUUAAUUGAGAUUUAUUUUCGCAAAAUGGGCAAGGAAAAGACUCAUAUCAACAUUGUCGUAAUUGGUCAUGUUGAUUCGGGUAAAUCGACUACGACUGGACAUUUGAUUUACAAAUGUGGUGGCAUCGAUAAGCGUACGAUUGAGAAAUUCGAGAAAGAAGCCCAAGAAAUGGGCAAAGGUUCGUUCAAGUAUGCCUGGGUUUUGGAUAAAUUGAAAGCGGAACGUGAACGCGGUAUCACAAUCGAUAUCGCUUUGUGGAAAUUUGAAACGCAAAAGUAUUAUGUAACCAUCAUUGAUGCACCCGGUCAUCGUGAUUUCAUUAAGAACAUGAUUACCGGUACUUCGCAGGCCGAUUGUGCUGUUUUGAUUGUUGCAGCCGGUACCGGCGAAUUUGAAGCCGGUAUCUCAAAGAAUGGUCAGACACGUGAACACGCUUUACUCGCUUUCACUUUGGGCGUUAAACAAUUGAUUGUCGGUGUUAAUAAAAUGGAUUCAACCGAACCGCCAUAUAGUGAAGCACGUUACGAGGAAAUCAAAAAAGAAGUCUCAUCGUAUAUCAAGAAAAUUGGUUAUAAUCCAGCUAGCGUGGCAUUUGUACCAAUUUCCGGCUGGCACGGUGACAAUAUGUUAGAACCAUCUGAGAAGAUGCCCUGGUUUAAGGGUUGGACUGUUGAACGUAAAGAGGGCAAAGUUGAAGGUAAAACUUUAAUCGAUGCUUUAGAUGCUAUUAUGCCGCCCCAACGUCCCACCGAUAAGCCAUUGCGCUUGCCCUUACAGGAUGUUUAUAAAAUUGGUGGUAUUGGUACAGUCCCAGUAGGACGUGUCGAAACUGGCAUACUAAAACCAGGUAUGGUGGUAAAUUUCGCUCCUGUUAACUUGACUACUGAAGUCAAGUCUGUUGAAAUGCAUCAUGAAGCAUUGCCAGAAGCUUUGCCUGGCGAUAAUGUCGGCUUCAAUGUUAAAAACGUUUCCGUUAAAGAACUGCGACGUGGUUACGUGGCUGGUGAUUCGAAAAAUUGCCCUCCCAAGGGUGCUGCUGAUUUCACUGCUCAGGUCAUUGUUUUGAAUCAUCCUGGUCAGAUUGCUAACGGUUAUACUCCCGUAUUGGACUGUCAUACCGCUCAUAUUGCUUGUAAGUUUGCCGAAAUUAAAGAGAAAUGUGAUCGUCGUACCGGCAAAACUACAGAAACUGAACCGAAAGCGAUUAAGUCCGGUGAUGCUGCUAUUAUAAUGCUGGUACCCACUAAGCCGUUAUGCGUUGAAAGUUUUCAAGAAUUUCCGCCACUGGGACGUUUUGCGGUACGCGAUAUGAGGCAAACUGUUGCGGUUGGUGUCAUUAAAUCGGUAACCUUUAAAGAGACGUCCUCGGGUAAAGUCACAAAAGCCGCUGAGAAGGCCCAAAAGAAGAAAUAACUAGGGAGUCAGCAGCAAACAAUUACAAUUAAAUUAUAUUAUUAUUUGGUCAUGUCGCCAAAUGAUGAAAAGCAAAAAACAAUUGCUAACAAAACUCAUACAUUUACUAAGCAUAAAUUUAUUGAAAAAAACAAAAAACAAUUACUACAAUUUAUUAUCACUGAUACGAUUAGUAAUUAUAAAAAUAAUAAUAAUAAUAAUAAUAAUAAUAAUAUUGAUAAUAAUAAUGAUAAUGAUAAAAAAUCCAAAAAAUCAACACAACAACAGCAACAACAUACUCUUUUAACUAUACAUGUAAACAAACAAAUAUCCACACCAACACCAAUAUUAAUAAUACCAAUAAUAACAACAACACCAGCACCAACACCACCACCGUCAUCGCAAUCUACAGCAUUAAGCAUAGAAAAGACAUCAUCAUCAUCAUCAUCAUCGUCAUCAUCAUCAUCCAUUACUCAAGCAACUACUGAUGACAAUGAUUAUGAUAAAGAUAACAGCACUUUAUCAUUCCUUAAACUUAUUCAACAUCCUAAAGCCAUCAGCAGCUUCAGUAAUAAAUCACUUAAAGUAACCACCAAUACCAAAACCGUUGAUAUUGAAAAUUUUCAAAGCAUUUCACUUAAAAUUUUUAUGAUAUUUUUAUUAAUUUUAUACUAUAAUUAUUUCAAUUUAAAUCUGCACAGACAUCGUAAAUCAUUUCGCAGGAAAUCGGAAAAGAAGCAAUGUUAUUAUAAUCAAAUAGUAACAUCGCCGCAAUGGCAAAACUUUCAAUCGAUCAUUUUAUAAUUAUGGCAUUAUUUACAUCAGCAGCACUAGCAUUCGCUUAAGCAACAGAACUCGCAUCAUAACUAUCAUCAUCAUUAUCAUCAUCAUUAUAUUCAUCAUUAUCAUCAUUAUCACCAUCAUCAUCAUCAUCAUCAGCAGCAUUGUCGUCGUCGUCGUCGUCAUACAUGGCAGAGGUGACCUUUAACCACUUCUAUAUUCAUGUACUCAUAUACACACUGUUAUAUUAUUUUUAAUACUUUCUCCAAACUGUGAAAUCGUUUAUUAAUCUGUUAAGUGUUCUUAAGUUUUCAAAAAAAAAAAAAACAAAAAAAAUGAAAAACAAAGAAAAAAAAA